AGAAAACAUCAUGGCUGAAAUUAAGAAGAAAACUCGAGAAGAGAUUUUGAGUGAGAAAACUUACAGAGAAAGAAACGUUGUUUACAACAGAAUAGAUGACAUGCAGGAAGAGUAUGAGAGUGCUGUCAGCAACAGAAGAUGGGAUAAGAAGAGAGAGUGUUACUACAACAGAGAAGAAGAACCAUUUGUUCCAAAGAAAGACAUAAUCUUUGAUGAUGUUCUUCUCAUAAUUCCUUUGAGAGCCGAAUACUAUAGUAAUGUGAUGAAAGAUGACACAUAUGCUAAAAGGCAUGAACAAGAAAUCAGAUAUGCCAUGUUAUCGUGUCUGAGAAAAAGGGAUGAAGAGAGAAUGAAGAAAAGUGUUGAAGAAAUGGUGAACAAUCUGAAGAAGGUUGCUGAAGAGGCAAACACAGAAGCUGUGGGAGUUGAAGUUGUGAAAGAAGUUGUUACUGAAGAACAUCAGAUUGGAGAAGAUGAGAAGAAAAUUGGAGGUUUGAUAGAAGAAAAGAGUGAGAUUUUGAAAGCUGGUGAUGCUAGUGAUGAAGUUGGUGAUGAAGAAAAGCAGAUUGAUGUUGAUCAGAAGAAGACAGAGACUGCAACAAACACCAAAAUGCAAAUCAUUGAGGUGCUCAACAAAAACAAAGAUUGUGAGAUUGGUGGUUGGAGCAGCCUGGCACAACAAGAGGAGGAGGUUGCUGCUGGAUCCUGGUUUGGUUGAACAGGGAGUUUAUUUGUUUUUCU